AUGAUGCUUUCAUCUUCUACUUGUACUCUUCCACCUAUUUCUGAUUUGUUUGCUCUACCUCGACGGGCUUCUAGCGAUUAUCCUUCAAUGAAUGGUGAUUAUUGUGAAGAUAAUGAUGAUCAUUCUUAUCAUCAUCAUCGUACAACUAGUGCUACUUCCUCUUCAACUACUGGAUCAAUGAAUUCAACUAGCCGUACUCAUCAUCCAACAAGUCCUCCCAACAAAAUGUCAUCUUAUUAUCCACCAUUGAAGGCUAAACGCAAGAGGGCUUCACCAUCACAACUCUCAGUAUUAAACAGAGUAUUCAGUCAGACUUAUUUCCCAUCCACUGAGCUUCGUAUUGAAUUGGGUAAACAUUUGGGUAUGAGUCCUCGUACAGUUCAAAUCUGGUUUCAAAAUAAACGACAAUCUUUAAGAUCAAGAACACGACGACUUUCCUUGUCAUCUAUGGAAAAUGGUGAUGAUGAAGAUGAUUAUAUGGCUUAUCCUCAUCGAUUCCAGUAUGAUGCCAAUUCUCCUCCUCAUACUCCUACUGAACCCAAACAACAAAUGUAUCAUCAUCAUCAAGAACAUUGUUAUCAUGACAACAGAAAUAAUGAAUAUCAUCAUCCUUUGAUUUUACCUCCAGUUCCUAAUGAUUCACCUACAUCAUCAUCACCUACUUCACCUAUUACACCAUCUUCUCCUAUGGCAAUGAUGGAUCAUGAUCCUUAUUUUCAACAUAAACAUAAAAUCAAUUUACCUCCAUUAAGAUUACAUCAUCAACAACAAUAUCCUCCAAGUCCACCUUCAUCAGCAUAUCCAAGUCCUAUCUCCAUUGAUUCUAUCCUCCAAUAG